AUGAACCCAAUCAGACCGCUUGCAAGGUCACUGCUUAGAGCGAGCCGGCCAGUCGCCGCCAGGCCCAUCCCCGUCUGUCGGCAUGUUCGCCUCCUCACCACCCCGACCAAGCCUUUAUCAGCCAGCGUAUCCAGCGUGAACGUCGAGCAGAUCAGGGAAGACCCAGGAGAGGUGGAUGAGGGAGACAUCAUCGGCGACAAGAAUGCAGAAGGAGACAACAUGUUCGGCUUCAAGCUCAAUCCGGUAUCGACCAAGACGGGCGGGAACGCCAAGAUCUCGGGUCGGCCAAUCUACCUCGACAUGCAGGCGACCACACCGAUGGACCCGCGUGUAUUGGACAAGAUGCUACCGUUCUUGUCGGAACAGUACGGAAACCCGCACUCCCGGACGCAUGCGUACGGAUGGGAGGCGGAGGCGGGGGUGGAUGUGGCGAGGAAGCAUGUCGCGGAUUUGAUUGGUGCUGGGGAGAAGGAUGUCGUGUUCACGAGCGGGGCGACUGAGAGCAACAACAUGCUUAUCAAGGGGAUUGCGAGGUUCCACCAGGGGAAGCGGAGGCAUCUCAUCACCACCCAAACUGAACACAAAUGCGUGCUCGACUCGUGCCGAUACCUCUCCAACCAAGGCUUCGAAGUCACCUACCUCCCUGUCCUCCCCAACGGCCUCGUCUCCCUCACCGACCUCAAAGCUGCCCUCCGCCCCGACACUUCGGUCGUCUCCAUCAUGAUGGUCAACAACGAGAUCGGUGUCAUCCAGCCCAUGAAGGAGAUCUCGGACGUCCUGCGCGCGUACGCCAAGGAGCACAAGGUGCCCAAGGCGCACUUCCAUACCGAUGCCGCCCAGGCCUUGGGCAAGAUCAAGAUCGAUGUCGAGGAGAUGGGGAUCGACGCCAUGAGUCUGUCAGGUCACAAGAUCUAUGGACCGAAGGGUGUGGGCGCGGCGUACGUCCGGCGGCGGCCGAGGGUCAGGAUCGAGCCCCUCAUCCAUGGGGGUGGACAGGAGCGAGGGUUGCGGUCGGGGACGGUACCCGCUCCGCUGGUAGUGGGUCUGGGCGAGGCGUGCAGGAUCGCCAAGAAUGAGAUGGAGGCGGACCACAAGCGGAUCAAGGAGUUGAGCGACAGGCUCGUCAAUGGGAUCUGCAGCGAGGUCAGCCAUAUCGUCCGGAAUGGUGACCCCAACGGAUAUCCGGGAUGUGUCAAUCUGUCGUUCUCUUACGUCGAGGGAGAGUCACUCUUGAUGGCAUUGAAGGACAUUGCCCUCUCCUCCGGCUCAGCUUGCACCUCCGCUUCCCUUGAACCCUCCUACGUCCUCCGCGCCCUCGGCGCCGCAGAAGAUAUGGCCCACUCUUCCCUCCGGUUCGGUAUUGGACGCUUCACCACCGAGGCCGAGAUCGACCUCGUCAUUGCCCGGAUCGUAUCGGUCGUUACCCGGUUGAGGGAGAUGAGUCCGCUCUGGGAGAUGGUACAGGAGGGUAUCGACAUCAGCAAGAUUGAAUGGGCUGCUCAUUGA